CUUUUUAUUAUUAUUUUUAUAUCUUACCCUGGUUUGUUUCAGUGAGAUAAGGACUUCUCAAAAUAUCUUUGUGUCUUCUGUUUACUCUAACUCUGACAGAAAUGCCAGGCCAGGGGUCUACGAUUCGCAAAUGUGUACUUUGCCAUAAACAAAUUAAUGUGGCUUGUAAAACCUGCAAAUCUUGCCAGGGAUAGCAACCACAUAAAUUGAGGCUUAGAAAAAAACUUGACAAGUUCUAUCAGAAACGAGAGAGCUGGGUGCAUGCCCAGACAAAAAACAGGACCACCUCUCAUUUACAGGAUGAAGCGUAUAUGUUGCUAGAAAAACUGCAGGCCCUGGGAAAAAGGGCUAUUGUAUUGCUCUCAAAGCCCAGAAGAAGACCAAAUGAAUGGGUGUCUGAGGUUUUGGCACCCCGUUGUAAGCUGGCAGAGACAUCACAUAAACGCCUAGAAAGAAUAAAGGACCUAGGUUAAAGGGACAGUCACAUUGUACUCUUCAUUAUAUUGUGGCGAUUGCAUGUUCAAAGGCUGGACUGCACAAGGUGCUGCUGAACAAUUCAGUGAACCCUCAUCAGCCCAGGUUGAACCCCCCACUGGACCACCAAUGGUCGCUCCAGAUCCACAGGUAGCAGUGGCCAAGCUUCAUUGCCCAGCAACAACCUCUGAACCACCAAUUGUCGCUCCAGAUCCACAGGUAGAAGUGGCCAAACGUCAUCCUUCAGCAGCUAACACUGGACCACCAAUGGUUGUUCCAGAUGCACAGGUAGAAGUGGCCAAACAUCAUCCUUCAGCAGCUAACACUGGACCACCAAUGGUCGCUCCAGAUGCACAGGUAGAAGUGGCCAAACGUCAUCCUUCAGCAGCUAACACUGGACCAACAAUGGUCGCUCCAGAUCCACAGGUAGAAAUAGCCAAACGUCAUCCUUCAGCAGCUAACACUGGACCACCAAUGGUCGCUCCAGAUCCACAGGUAGCAGUGGCCAAACGUCAUCCUUCAGCAGCUAACACUGGACCACCAAUGGUCGCUCCAGAUCCACAGGUAGAAGUGGCCAAACGUCAUCCUUCAGCAGCUAACACUGGACCACCAAUGGUCGUUCCAGAUCCACAGGUAGAAGUGGCCAAACGUCAUCCUUCAGCAGCUAACACUGGACCACCAAUGGUUGUUCCAGACCCACAGGUAAAAGUGGCCAAACAUCAUCCUUCAGCAGCUAACACUGGACCACCAAUGGUCGCUCCAGAUGCACAGGUAGAAGUGGCCAAACGUCAUCCUUCAGCAGCUAACACUGGACCACCAAUGGUCGCUCCAGAUGCACAGGUAGAAGUGGCCAAACGUCAUCCUUCAGCAGCUAACACUGGACCACCAAUGGUCGCUCCAGAUCCACAGGUAGAAAUAGCCAAACGUCAUCCUUCAGCAGCUAACACUGGACCACCAAUGGUCGCUCCAGAUCCACAGGUAGAAAUAGCCAAACGUCAUCCUUCAGCAGCUAACACUGGACCACCAAUGGUCGCUCCAGAUCCACAGGUAGCAGUGGCCAAACGUCAUCCUUCAGCAGCUAACACUGGACCACCAAUGGUCGUUCCAGACCCACAGGUAGAAGUGGCCAAACGUCUUCCUUCAGCAGCUAACACUGGACCACCAAUGGUCGCUCCAGACCCACAGGUAGAAGUGGCCAAACGUCUUCCUUCAGCAGCUAACACUGGACCACCAAUGGUCCCUCCAGACCCACAGGUAGAAGUGGCCAAACGUCUUCCUUCAGCAGCUAACACUGGACCACCAAUGGUCCCUCCAGAUGCACAGGUAGAAGUGGCCAAACGUCAUCCUUCAGCAGCUAACACUGGACCACCAAUGGUCGCUCCAGAUCCACAGGUAGAAGUGGCCAAACGUCAUCCUUCAGCAGCUAACACUGGACCACCAAUGGUCGCUCCAGAUCCACAGGUAGAAAUAGCCAAACGUCAUCCUUCAGCAGCUAACACUGGACCACCAAUGGUCGCUCCAGAUCCACAGGUAGAAAUAGCCAAACGUCAUCCUUCAGCAGCUAACACUGGACCACCAAUGGUCGCUCCAGACCCACAGGUAGAAGUGGCCAAACGUCUUCCUUCAGCAGCUAACACUGGACCACCAAUGGUCGCUCCAGACCCACAGGUAGAAGUGGCCAAACGUCUUCCUUCAGCAGCUAACACUGGACCACCAAUGGUCCCUCCAGACCCACAGGUAGAAGUGGCCAAACGUCAUCCUUCAGCAGCUAACACUGGACCACCAAUGGUCGCUCCAGACCCACACGUAGCAGUGGCCAAACGUCAUCCUUCAGCAGCUAACACUGGACCACCAAUGGUCGCUCCAGAUCCACAGGUAGAAAUAGCCAAACGUCAUCCUUCAGCAGCUAACACUGGACCACCAAUGGUCGCUCCAGAUCCACAGGUAGCAGUGGCCAAACGUCAUCCUUCAGCAGCUAACACUGGACCACCAAUGGUUGUUCCAGACCCACAGGUAGAAGUGGCCAAACGUCUUCCUUCAGCAGCUAACACUGGACCACCAAUGGUCGCUCCAGAUCCACAGGUAAAAGUGGCCAAACGUCAUCCUUCAGCAGCUAACACUGGACCACCAAUGGUCGCUCCAGAUCCACAGGUAGCAGUGGCCAAACGUCAUCCUUCAGCAGCUAACACUGGACCACCAAUGAUCACUCCAGACCCACAGGUAGAAGUGGCCAAACGUCAUCCUUCAGCAGCUAACACUGGACCACCAAUGGUCGCUCCAGAUCCACAGGUAAAAGUGGCCAAACGUCAUUGCUCAGCAGCUACCACUGGACCACCAUCAGCUCUUAUUGCUAAAGAUGAAGGUGUGGAAAAAGGAGGCUGUCCAGUUACCACUACAGUGCAGCCACAUAAAAGGAAAGUCGAAAGAAGUGGCCAUUGGAGUGGGUGGCAGAUGUAGACACUGUUUAGUUUUAAUUUCCACAGGUUCCCAAUGUGCUGGAUUCCUCUUUAUUUUAUUUCUAUAUUUAUUUUCUUCUGUUGUAAUAAUAAAUAAAUUUUUUUUUUGUUCCAUACAUGAGUUGUUAACACUUUUGAGUGAAUUUAUGAGUUUUCAUUAUACUGUUUCUGUACUUUCUUUAAUCUUUUUAUUUUUAUUUUUUAUCUUUAUUCUCAGACACACUGUUUAUUUUAUAGUCUACUUAGUUCUUUGAGCAUCCAAAACAACAUAAAAUGUAUCUGGGAGUUUGUUCAGAGAAUGGUCUCAUAAAAUAAAUAAAUAACAUAUUCAUAGUGGUUGAUCCUUAACUUGUCUUUAUGUAUCACAUACUUUGUAUACAAAUUUCAUCUAUAUCCAGCUAUGGAAAUGCCUUGGCAUUUAGCUCCUUGAUUAAUAAAUGACAACCUGUUACGACAAAGCUUUAUACAAAGCUUUUUUACAUUGGA